AACAACUGUCAAAAGCAAAUAGCGAGAGCCGAAGAAUCACAAUUUUGGUCAGUUUUCUCAAGUGAAGUGAAGUGUUCUCUGUGAAACCGGCGUUUCUUUUGCGAACUAAUUGUCAGCCUAUAACAACGUGUUUUUUAAAACUCUAAAUAAAAAGAUUUCUGUGACUCAAUUUCCCCUAAUCGAAUCGUUAUUUAUAUAAAAUGGCUGCAAUGUCAGUUAUAGGUAUUGAUUUCGGUAAUGAAUCUUGUUACAUUGCUGUAGCAAAAGCAGGUGGCAUUGAGACAAUAGCUAAUGAUUACAGUCUACGAGGUACUCCAUCAUGUGUGGCCUUUUCACCAAAGAACCGUAUAUUAGGUGUAGCUGCCAAAAACCAAAUGGUUACAAACAUGAAAAGCACUGUGUUUGGAUUCAAGAGACUGUUAGGAAGAAAGUUUUCUGACCCUUAUGUUCAGAAAGAAUUGAAACACUUCCCAUAUAAGGUUGAACCAAGGCCGGAUGGUGGAAUUGGCAUAAGGAUUAAUUAUUUAGGAGAAGAUAAUGUGUUCAGUCCCGAACAGAUAACUGCUAUGCUGUUCACAAAAUUGAAAGAGUCUGCUGCUAUUGCCUUACAAACACCAAUCAAUGACUGUGUUAUAUCUGUUCCUAGUUAUUUCACAAAUGCAGAGAGGAAUGCCCUGUUUGAUGCCGCUGCAAUUGCAGGACUCAACGUUUUGCGUCUUAUGAACGAAACCACUGCCACAGCCUUAGCAUACGGUAUCUAUAAACAAGAUUUGCCAGCUCCCGAAGAAAAAUCAAGAAAUGUUGUUUUUGUUGACUUCGGUCAUGCUUCCCUUCAGGUAGCUGCUUGUGCAUUUAAUAAGGGCAAGCUCCGUAUACUGGCCACCUCAUGCGAUGCAUCCUGUGGUGGUCGGGAUAUCGACACAGCCCUGGCUGAGUACUUCUGCCAAGAUUUUAUUACCAGAUACAAACUGGAUCCCAAGAAAAAUCAGAAGGCAUACCUUCGUCUGAUGCAAGAAGUUGAGAAAAUCAAAAAGCAAAUGUCUGCGAACAGCACCAAACUUCCUCUGAACAUUGAGUGCUUCAUGGAAGAGCGGGAUGUGACCGGAGAAAUGCAGAGGACGCAGAUGGAGCAAAUCUGUGCGGAGACAUUUAGCCGGGUUGAACGGACAUUGAAGAACAUACUUCAUAAUGCCAAAUUGCGGCCUGAAGAUAUCAGCUCUGUGGAGAUAGUCGGUGGCUCAACCAGAAUUCCAGCCGUCAAAGCACUCCUGGAACAAGUGUUUGGUAAAGUCCCAUCGACUACGCUUAAUCAGGACGAAGCGGUCGCCCGUGGUUGCGCCCUGCAGUGCGCGAUGCUAAGCCCCGCAGUGCGUGUACGCGAAUUCAACGUCACGGACGUUCAGCCGUACGCUGUUCGACUCGCCUGGGAUGCUGAUCGCGGCGAAGAUGGCGAUAUGGAGGUGUUCCCGGCUUUCCAUGCAGCGCCAUUUUCAAAAAUGCUGACCUUCUACAGAAGGGAACCAUUCUCUGUCAGUGCUUAUUACUCUGAUGAAAUUCCGUACCCUGACACCUUCAUUGGUCAAUGGCACAUCAAAGAUGUCCAACCGACCCCGGAGGGUGAAUCCCAAAAGGUGAAACUCAAAGUCCGAGUAAACAUUCACGGAAUCAUAACGGUCGCCUCUGCGUCUCUCGUCGAAAAGAAACCAGACGCCCAAGAGAAUGUGGAGAUGGAGAACUCCAAUGAGAAUGUCCAGGCGAGCGGACAGGAGCUCCCGAUGGACACCCAGGAGAAACAGGAAAAUGGAACCGAAGAGGUGAGAGAAGAGCAGAAACAAUCGUGGACACAGAGAGUAGGACAAUGGUUGAUUGGGGACAAGAAGGAUAAAAAGAAGGUCGUUGUGAAGACUAUCGAUUUGCCGAUUGAGGCUCGGACGCACGGCUUCACUCAGACGGAGUUGAACAACUAUUUGGAGCAAGAGGGAAAAAUGCAGGCUCAAGAUCGCCAAGAGAAGGAACGUGCGGACGCUCGUAACGCGCUCGAAGAGUACGUAUACGAACUAAGAGGAAAGGUUUCCGAAGGCGAUACGUUACACGACUUCAUCGCUGAAGAUUUGCGAUCGCGUUUGGUCGAGAAGUUGGAUGGACUUGAGCAGUGGUUGUACGACGAAGGCGAGGAUGAGAAGAGACAGGUAUACAGUGACAAAUUAGCGGAGCUCCGAACGGAGGGAGAGCCAAUCAAACAGAGGCGUCUGGAGUUCGAGCUUCGCCCCGGUGCCUUGGACGACUUCGCCCUUUCAAUUCAGCUCACGAACAAGGCUGUUGAUCAGUACAGAUCCGGUGAAGCCAGAUACGCUCACCUAACAGAAGCGGAGAUCGCCAAGGUGUGCGAGGCGAGCAAGAACGCCCUCAACUGGCUGGAAACCGCCAGACAGGCGCUGGCCCAUGCGCCUCUUCAUCAGGCACCGCCCUACACCACUCAUCAGAUUAGACAGGAGAGACAGACGUUGGAGAACAUCGUGAACCCGAUCCUCAGCAAGCCGAAGCCCAAGGAGAAGACUCCUCCCCCCGCGAGCAACACGGCGGGCGAUGGCCAAACGCCAGCCCCCGAACAGACCACUCAGGAGCAAAUGGACGUUGAUUGAGGGGUAUCAGCGAGGUACAAUUAACACUUAGUCUCCAAAUUUUAAGUUGCAAUAAAAUAUUUUUUAACUCCUGUAUUUGUAUAAUUUUAAUAUAAACAGUAUAAAAUGCUCUUAAAUUAUCUAAUACAGUAUAAUUUCAUUAUUGUGUAACUAAUGUUUUAAGGUGUCAUGAUUUUGUUUCGUUUCGUUUUAGUAAAGGGUGGUGAUUUUUAUUUAAAAAAAUUAUGUAUCUGUAUUGUCAAACUUUUACAAAGUGCAAUUUUAUCAGUAGAUGGCGCUGUUAUUAAUUUGUAAUAAACAGCGUUUCUUAACUAAUUAUAUCUUUUACGAGUGGUUAGAUUAUAGAAACCGGGUAAAUUUUUUUGUCUGCAGUAAAUUUUCUCAUCUCAUUUUAUUUAGCGCUGGACGCUUCGACAAAUGUCUUAGGAAUUCGAUAAUAACUCUUUUUUAAAAAUUAAAUUGCUGUAUGUUAGUUACACAGUAACACUUAUGUGAAACAACAGAAAUGUAUCUCUAAUUGUACCUCAAGGCUUAAAUUCCAAAACCUGUUUCAAAACGUAUAUAGAUUUUGAAACGGUUCCUGGAAUAUGGGCUUUAGUUGUUGGGUUUAGGCCGUAUUUAGUAUAAUCACCCAUAGGUAGGCCUAAAUUAAUAAAAAUGCUUUGCAACUCAAUUUUUGUUAAAUACAUUCAAGAUGUAUGUUCAAUUUGCAGCACGCUUUGGGUGCCCACAUAAUCUUUCAUGGAAAGGUACUUAGCCACUCCUAUGGGUGGAUUUCAUAUAGUUUGCGUUCGUUAAAAAGCACUAUUAAUAGCUACGAGUCGUAAAUAAUAUGUCACUGGCUUUCAAAAAACGAUCAGUGCUAUAAUUUAUCGAUUAAUAACUCCUUUGAAAGAGCUUGUCAAACGCCUUUCUAAAUCUACAACUAUUGAAUCUGAAGCUUGACAAUGCCUAUGACAUUGAAAAUGAGAGCUGUCACUGUCAUGUGACCUACAAGAAAUGUCAACGUGACAGUUGCCAAGUGAAAGGAUUUUGUUUAUUUUAUUUUUUAACUGAACGCAAACUUAGUUAAUAUUUUGGCUCACACGUAUUAUAUGUGCAUUUUCAUAGCAAGAUAGUAUUAUUAAAAUUUGUACAUUACAUGUACGAUUCAGUUUGUGAUAAUUCAUUGUAUUGUAUAAUGAAUUUUAUAAUUAGCAAAAUUGAGUAAUUAUGUGUGCCUAUAGAUAAUUUAAGUGUUCACUCGUUUCAUGGGCUCGUAGCAUACUUCUUAUAUUGCAGGACCUUACAUAUUGCAAAAUAAAUCUUAAUUAUAUAGAUUUAAGGUCCCAGAGAGCUCAUGAUACUAACAAAACAAUUCAUAAUAACAUUCCACCUUUGAAAUUGUCAUAUUGCUUGCUCGGAUUCAUUUCACCUCCCCCCGGCCUAUGUAUAAAGGAUUCAAUGUUACAACACCUGUGCAUUCUUAAAGCUUAGUAAAUAAAUUUAACAAUA